AUGGAUCCUGGGCUCCUAGCCGAGUUCAAGCAGUUCCUAGCGUUCAGAGCAAUCUGCCACAAGCUCAAUGAAUCUUGGGGUUCAACACUUGGCCAAUUAGAGACUAGUAGUAGCAAACCCAACAAUAACGGCUUCCCCAAGAAGCGUUUAGAGCUUGAAAACACAUACACCUGGUCCAGUCCUAAUUCCAAGAAACAGCCCAAAUCCGUACUUGAGCAUAGUACAACCCCCCGCGCUUUUGCUUGGCGCAACAAGCAGGCGAGACAGAACUGCCUGUUAUCCCCCACUCCACCUCCUAUUCCCACCCCUUCUCCUGAUGCAACACCAGCUCCCUCCAACUCCCGCAAACGUGGUUGCUCCCCAUCCCCUGUAUCAGGACCAUCCAAGCGUCGCCAAACCAACAACGACCACAGCAACGCACCACCCCACCCAUACAACACUUGCAAAACGUCUUACAAAAAUUGA